GGCUCAGUGAAUGUAAAACCCCACAAAGCUUCCUUAUUAGUCUUAGUGGAGUUGGAUUGUACUAUUCUGAAAGUGGAGCUUGGUCAUUUGUUCCUUCAUGCAGCGAUAUAACUCAUCAAAACCUUUUAUCUCAAUAUUCCUUCCUCAUAUCAGGUUUUGAUGUUACUGUAGACCACUUUAAUUGAAGCUCUGUCUCUUAUGCAGUACUUAUUUCUAGGUACAGAAGUAGUCUGAAUCACAGACGUGUUACAUCAGAAGAGAUGGUGGCAUCUGUAGUCGUCUUUCUUACCAUGGCAAUACUCUCAGGAUAUUGUGCUGGUCUAGAAGUGCUUCCUCCUGGACCUGUGAAUGGAACAUUGGGAGGAAAUGUGUUUUUCAAAACCACCAUCAAUCCAACGACACUUAGUGCAAUCAUCUGGACUUUUGGUGAUACCCCUGUCAUCAUUGUUGACUUUCACAGUUCUGAAGGUCCUGUGACCGGAGAGGGAUAUGUUGGCAGGAUCAGGCUGGACAAUAGCACUGGAUCUUUGGAGCUCUUGAAACUGACCAUUGCUGACAAUGGAGAAUACAGAGUGAUCCUAAGAGAGUCUGAUUUGAUGUAUUUGUCAAAUACAUCACUGAAUGUCUAUGAGGGGGACACUAUUUGGCAUGACAGACCCUUCGAGAGCGCAACUGCCCGGUCUGUGCUGAUGAGCUCUACGCCUGUCCAUGAAGAAGUAUCUGGUGCUACUAUCACAAUUACCCCAAACCCACCAAUCAUCGAGGGGGGCUCUGUCACUUUAACCUGUGAUGCAACUGGCUUCAACAUCACCAGAGAGUGGAUGAAGGAUGGUCAUCCUGUGUCUUCUGGUGACAAUAUCAUAUUAUCUGAGGAUAAGAGAGUGCUGUCGAUAAAGAAGAGAACAGACAGUGGCGAAUACCUGUGUAGAGUCAGCAACCAUGUCAGCUCUGAAAAUGCCAGUGACACUGUGCAUGUAAUCUAUGGACCUGAUGGUAUGGAAAUCAAGGGUCCAACUAAAAUAGAAGUAGGACAGAAGUUUACAUUGACCUGCUCUGCUGACUCAAACCCCCCUGCUAGUUACACCUGGAUGCACAAUGAGACAGAGAUACCUGGACAUUCCCCUGAGUUCACUAAAGAGAAGAGUGAAUACUCUGACAGUGGGGAAUAUACCUGUUCAGCAACAAAUGAUGUCACUGGAAACAGAACAUCUGUGGUCCAUAAACUGUCAGUAAAAGCGGAGGGCUCUCCAACUCCAGACGGGCUGUCUGUUGUUGUCAUCACUGGGACUGUGAUUAUAGUGUUGCUGGUUGUGGAAGUGGCAGUUAGUGUUGCAGUCUAUUUCAUCAAGAAAAAUGGAAGCAAUGUUGAGCCAAUGCAUCGAGGAGGCUCGCAACAACAUGUAUAUGAGAACCCAUCACCUGUGUAUGAGAACCCAUCACCUGUGUAUGAGAACCCAUCACCUGUGUAUGAGAAUCCAUCACCUGUGCGUGAUAACACACAACAAAAUCAAUCUCCACCUCUACCCCUGACAGACUUCAAGACUACCUAUGAUACUAGGAUAAUGCAGUAAGAGGUCAGGAAGAGAUCUCCAUUCAACCACCAUUCUCCAGUUCCACAAUCAACACAAAGAAAACCUGCAUGAUAACACCCAGUGUGGAUCUGAAAUGUAACGUACAUAAUACAUUUGUGCUAUGUCUGUCUGCUUUGUGUAAUUUCUUAACAUUGAAAAUAAAACCUUGUUAAUAAUGAAAGUAGAUAACGCAUUACUGUACUGUCAUUUUAUAAAUUAGAGCAUAAUUAAUGCCAGUUAAAUAAAUAAGAAUAUUUAAAUGAUGAAAAAACAGAAUGACUAAUAAAUAUUGGCUGCUAUUUUCCUA